AUAAAGUCCGUAUAUCCUCAAAGAUGGAGGAAGGUAACUUCAUGAGAAUUACUAAUGCAAAGGUAAAGGUUUGUAAAGUACAAGUAUUGGGAUUAAAUAGAACAAAAAAUGACAUAGUCACUGAGCAAGUAAAAGACGUCUUAAAAUCAGAAAACCUGCUUGAGCUGGUUGCAAACUCACUGGAGUCAGUUGACAGAUUAAAAUCACUCAACGCUUUCAAGGAAGUCAAUUUAGAGUUUGGUGCCUGUAGGAAUAAAAUGGGAAAGAUUGAUGGAACUGCAGUUACAUUUAGAGUGAAGGAGAAUGGUCUUAUAGCCUCAUCAAUAUCAGCUAAUGCAGGAACACAGAGUGGAGAUGCUAACCUUAGUUUCUCAUUGAGGAAUAUUUUCGGCCGAGCAGAGCAGUUAAAAGUUGUCUCAACAACUGCCUUCCCUCAGUGGGGUCAGACAAUACAACUGGAACUCACCAAGCCAUAUUAUAAAGACAUUACUAGACAGUUUUGUGCUGGCUUGGGUACUACUAACUUCAAGCAACCUCCUUGUGGAUAUCAAGAAAAUAUUUAUGAGCAGAAAGUCCAAAUGCAAUGUUUCUCAAGAUUAGGUCAUCAUACGUUUGGCUGGUUUUGUGACUGGAGAGAAUUGUUUGGAUUUGAUAAUGGAGUGCCCAUGAGCAUUAGGAAAGAUGCAGGGCAUUCUUUAAAGAGCUCAUUAAAACAUGUGUUAGUGACAGACAAUAGAGAUGAUCCAUUGCUCCCAAGUGAGGGAUAUCUUACUAAACUAACUCAUGAAGUGGCUGGCUUGGGCGGUGAUAUCUGCUUUAGUAAAGCUGAAGUUCAGACACAAAUGUUCAAAGAAAUAUUUCCUGAAUGGGUCCUGGGUCUCUCGUUUUGGGGCGGACUUCUAAAACCAUUUUCUCCUUCAAAAAUCAACGACCGGUUCCUCCUUGGUGGCAGUACUACUCUCAGAGGUUUUGAAAUGUGGGGGGUGGGGCCACAUCGCCAUGGUUACAGCUAUGGAGGUGAGGCUUACUGGGCUACGGGACUCCACCUUUUCCUACCCCUCCCGUUUACAAGCGGUGAAUUCUUUAGAAGGAUAAGGUUUCACGGAUUCUUAACUGCAGGAAAUCUCAACGAGCUAUGUUCGUUGUCAAGUUUUCUGAAUUUGUUAAAAGAGACACGCCUUUCUGGUGGAUUUGGAAUGCACUGUAGACUGGGCAUAGCUCAAAUUGAGCUUAACUAUGCAAUACCACUCAGGGCUCAGUCACAUGACCGGCUCAAACCAGGACUUCAAUUUGGGAUUGGACUUGACAUGUUAUAAUAAUUUGGUAUCAGAGAUCAAUAAUAAUUAUUAUUAUAUCAUUAUUCAUUUAAAGGCGGUUGUGUCUGUACGUGUGUACUGUUAGCAUUAA